UCCGAAUCCGAUCACUCUCAAUUCGCUACUAAGUGCGGCCCCCCGAUACCCUCGGAGCAUGUCCGGCAGACAAUUCUGGAUGGACUCUUUAACGGCAGCUCCCCCUUCAAGGGUUUCCCCCCACCGCACGUCGUUCCAUUCCUCCGGCAGAAACGGAUCAAAGGCUGGGGCUCAAACGGUGCCGUCUUCGAGAACCUCAUCCGCAGAGUGAAACCCACGACCAUCAUCGAAGUGGGUACUUUUCUCGGAGCGUCUGCCAUCCACAUGUCGCAGGUAGCCAAGGGACUCGGCCUCCUCCAAACCCAAAUCAUCUGCGUCGACGAUUUUCGGGGUUGGCCUGGAUUCAGGGAUAUUAUCAAAGGCAUCCCGAUGGUGAAUGGGGACGUGACGCUUCUCUACCAGUUUAUGCAGAACGUGGCCCACUUUAACGCCACCGACACGGUUCUACCCCUUCCCUUCUCGAGUGGGUCGACUCUGGACAAGCUGUGCGAGUGGGGAGUGUUUGGGGACCUCAUCGAGGUAGACGCCGGUCACGACUUCCACUCGGCCUGGUCCGAUAUAAACCGGGCUUAUAAGAUAUUGAGACCCGGCGGAGUCAUUUUUGGACACGACUACUUCACCGCCGCCGACAACAGGGGCGUCCGCCGUGCCGUGAACUUGUUUGCUCGACAGAAGGGUCUCCGAAUCCAGUUCGACGGUCAGCAUUGGGUCAUCCACUCUGCUCCUUAGUCUUAGUCUUUACCUCGGUUCAACACGCCAGCCCCUUUCGUU